AUGAGAUCAUCUCUUCUCGUUUGGUGUAACGUUCGAACGUUUCCAGGCUGCAGUCAGUACCGGUCCAGCGACCGAUUUGGAGGGCUGCUUUGUAUUUAGUCUUUUCAUCACAAUAAAUUAUUGAAAGGAAGGAAAAAGAGAGAGAGGAAAACUUCAUCGUUUCAGGGAUCGCAAUGCGGACGACGAAGCUGCAGCUGCUCUUCCUUGGGUUGCUUUUAGUGGCUCUUGUAACAAAUGUUUCUGCACGGCGGCAUAUAAGGAAACAUCGAACAACGACCGAACCAUCGCUUCAGGAUGAAGUGAUUAACAUGUUAGAAGCUGACGAAAUUGCGGAAGAUGAUAACAAAGAUGCUGAAGUUAACUUCGAAAAUGCUGGAAACGAGCUUGCAGCAAAAAAGCAACGUUUGAUCGAAGUUGAUCCUUGCAUGGAUAAACAUUGUAGUGCUGGGCGAGUUUGUAAGUCAACCGAAGAUGGCGUAGCCGAAUGCGUUUGUAUCGAAUAUUGCGAUGAGGAAGUUGAUCCUCGACGUAAGGUCUGCACAAAUUACAAUGAAACUUUUGGCAGCGAUUGCGAGGUCUAUCAAGCACGUUGUUUCUGUAAUACUGAUGAUCCCAGAUGUAGAGGUUCUAAAUAUCAUCAUGUUCAUAUCAAAUAUUAUGGGGAAUGCAAAGAGAUGCCUACCUGCAAAGAAGAGGACAUGGCAGAUUUUCCGAGGCGUAUGCGUGAUUGGUUGUUCAACAUAAUGCGUGAUUUAGCUGAUCGUCAAGAGCUACCAUCGCACUACUUGAAAAUGCAACGCGAAGCUGAAACUAACUUGACACUGCGCUGGACAAAUGCAGCUAUUUGGAAGUGGUGUGACCUCGAUGGUCAUCCACACGAUAGGAAAGUUUCCAGGCACGAACUUUUCCCUAUUGAAGGACACUUAAUGGCUUUGGAACAUUGCAUAGCACCAUUCUUCGAUUCUUGCGAUGCCGAUAACGAUCACAUGAUUAGUCUCACCGAGUGGGGAAAAUGUUUACAGUUGGAUGAGGACGACAUCGAUGACAAAUGCGACGAGCUAGCUGAGGCUAACAGCAAUCUAUACUAAAUAAUUUCGAGGAUAAAUAUACAUAUGCAUACAUAUAUAUAGUAUAUAUAAUAUAUACUAAUACAAAUAAUGGCGGAUGUAUCUGCUGGACGGAUCGAACAACAGGACCAACGAUAAAUUCGCGAGAAAGAACCUUCGUAUUGUCUACGUAAUAGUCCCUAGUAGUAGUAAUAGCAGUAAUAAUAGUAGUAGUAAUAUAAUAACGAUAAGAGAAUAGUGGGGGAUGAUAGGGGAGGAAAAUGGCGGGAAAAAUUGGAACGCGAGGCUUUGCGGAUUUGUUAAUGCGCAUGUCCCAUAUAACAGACUACUCGUCGAUAUCGUGACCCAUCGUAUAAAUGUUCCUCGUGCUAUUUGCAAUUUUCAACAGUCUCGUUUUAAUCCUUGCUCGUGUUAUUCUCAUCGAUCGAAGCCCCUGCUACGGCCAAUCAAUUUUCUAUCGAACGUUUUUUUUUUUUUUUAUACAAAUUUAACGAUUCGAACGUCAUAGAAAUGUUAAACCAUUAAUCAGUUUAUUAGAUAAUAAAUAUUAUUCAUUUUUUGUUCUUUUAUUAAAUCGUAAAAUCAAGUUUUAUUCCUAAUUAUUAAAUUUUUAUUUUGUUCGUUAAAAUUUAUCACUCGAUAAAUAGAGUUUAUAUAUAUAUAUAUAUAUAUAUAUAUAAAAGUUUGUAGUAGAUAAUACACGAAAACAAAAAUCGGUUCUUUAAAUUCGAAACGUCCUCUUCAAUACAGCGCCACGGAUCGCUUUAGAAUUAAUUUUAUUCGUAUUUGAACUCAAUCGCGAUAUACAAU